AGACAUCAGUUCAGCCAACGAAUUCGUGCUCUUAACGGUCCUCACUCACUCGAGCUAUCCUUACAGCCUCCUCCUGCACAGGAAUCAUAGUCCUUCGUUCGCGUCGUGUAUCCGUUGUCGUUAGUGUUUUUAAACCGCAAUAUGAAGUACUUUGUUGCCAUCGCUAUGCUGAUCGCCGCCGCUCAGGCCGUUCCCAUUGAGCUGGGACACUAUGCUCCGGCGCUGGUGCAUCAUGCGCCUGUUCUGGCGCACGCCGUGCACGCCGAGCCGGUGGCCUAUCCCAAGUACGCCUUCAACUAUGGAAUCAAGGAUCCCCACACUGGAGACAUCAAGUCGCAGGCUGAGGAGCGUGACGGUGAUGUUGUGAAGGGCCACUACUCUCUGGUGGAGCCCGAUGGUUCCGUGCGCACCGUCGACUACACCGCCGAUGACCACAACGGAUUCAAUGCCGUCGUCCACAAGACCGCCCCCAAGAUCAUCGCCCACGCGCCGGUUGUGCAUGCCGCCCCCGUGCUCGCACACGCCCCUCUCCUGCACCAUUACUAAGCGGGAGCCUGGGCCCAGUCACCAAGGUGCUCUCCCUUUCGCUCUCAUCCAUCCACUGAAACAUCAUAGGAACAACAACAAACAGAAAACGAAAAAACCACAAAAAAAAUAUAAUCAACAAAACAACGAACAU